AUGGAACCUCCUGCGAAGAGAGUGAGGUCGUCCACUGCAUAUAGAAGGGCACCUUACGCAGCAGCAGCAUGUGAUUAUUGCCAUGGCCGUAAGCUGAAGUGCUCAGGCGACCGUCCCUGUGCUCGAUGCAAGAAACAAGAUAUCUCGUGCAGUUACCCUACAAAGGCAUCGUCCGCCACGACCCAGACGGACUCGGGCUUGAACCAGCAGCAACCGCCUGGAGAUCAAAAUGGCACCAGACUAUCGGAAACGUUGUUCACGAGUAUCGAUGAUUUGCAACGUCAGUUGGACGAUUUUCGCACAAAACUUCGCGGUGCUACAGUACCUGGACUGUCCGAGUCCUUGUUGCUGAGUCCGCCCGAAACGAUGCAGCAGAAAGUCAACCCCGAUGAAAGGACGACAAGAGAUCCCGCUUUAAUGAAGGAGGAGUCUACCUCAGCGAAUUCCCCGGGUAUAUAUGCCGGCCCAACGAGCUUCGCUUGGGGAAUGGUGACGGCCGACGCAAGGCUUGCCAAUUUGACUCCAUCCAGUCGAGACGACGCCACGCCGGGGAGUCCACCACUGCCGCUUGCUCAAAGUCCACAGGCUGCAGGAUCGCCUCCUUUUCAACCGCCUGAACCGACCGAGUUCUAUGAGAAUGCGUCGUUGGACAAAUUCAGUGUCGAAGACGUGCUUCGCUAUCUGGAUAUAUUCCAGAAUGUCUAUGGCGUCCUCCAUGCCAUUCCUCAACUUGAGAAGAUUAGAACCAAUACUCCCAGUUUACUCCGGUCUGCAAAGCGAUCAAUUUGGUCACAGGCUUGCGAUCCUGGCCGCUGUGGUCUGUUGGAGAUGAUGAAGAUUAUUUUGGCAGCCGGGCUUGUUGCGGAGGCCGGGACGAGGACCAAACUAUCGGAGGUAUUGUAUCGAUCUGUGGAACCUUGCAUCACUGCGUGUGCUUUUCAGCACACCGUCACAUAUGACUUUCGGACGCUGUUGCUGCUGGUGGCUAUGUACCACUUCGCGAACGACGACCUCGUGCUCGGGGCUCGAGCGAUCAUGUACGCCGCGCGCACUGCCGUGGAGGAAGGCUUAUAUCGAAUCGAGACCCUCACUGCCAAGGUGCCGGAUCAAAAGGAACGGCAGGCAGUAGUCCGUCAGUUGUGGAGCCUGUUUGUGCUUGAUCGGCAGUUCAACUUCGCCGCCGGCCUGCCGCACCAUCUGAACGACCGGGAUGUCGACCUGCCUGCCCCCGUUGAGGCACCGUAUCUGGCUGCUAUGGUCAGCUAUGUCAUCAUGGGGGCUCAGGGAUGGAACUCGCUCGUCAACCGCAACUUGCUUGCCAGCGGUCGCAUACCCUCCAAGGACGCCCUCAAUUUCUUUCACUAUCAAGUCCAUCAUUGGAGAGAGGAGCUUGAUCCGUCGGUCCGCUUCGACCCUCGGGCGAUCGAGUCCGACGACGGCGUAUUCUUCACCUCGACGCAGGAUGAACGCGAGAUCUAUCUCAAGACGCUGCUCUACCUGCGAUCGAACCAGAUUCAUAUCCUUGUUCUCCGUCCAAUUCUCAUAUACCCUCAAACUGCACGCAAUAAUACCACUCUUAUCAUGGACGCCAUCGUUCUGGCCAAGAAAACGAUCCGCACGCUGAACACAGUGGCCGCAAAGACGGCGCUCUACACCACCAGACAAGCAAUCUUCAACCAUUUCCUCUCGUCGGCAUUGGCUGUUCUCUUCCUGACGGCCGCGUAUGACGCCGAAACCCAGGCAACUACUGGCACACGCCCAGACGCAUCAAUCAGACUGCUCGGAGACGCUGCCACCGAACUACAAGCGGGCCUCGAUCUCAUCGACCGGCUGCGACGGACCUCACAGUCCGCUGCCAAGCUUUGGGCGCGUUUCGCCCGCCCACGACAACAGCUCGUCCGGCUGGGUAUUUUGAGCUGCUCAUCUGUCUCUCAACGGGAGAAACAACAACACCCACCCCAUGAAGCCACAGGUCAUCGUCCUUUGCAUGCACAAAGUCAUACUCAAACUGAGACGCAAGAUUAUGACAUGAGUGGAGCCAACGUCAGCACCAGCAUGAACGCCGGCGCAGACCAUCAUGCCGUCGACUUUGGGGCCUCCGUUGCCCUUGCGCCUGACUUUGACUUUGACUCCGUGGUAGGCGUCUUCGAGCAGGACAAUGGCCUCCUUUGGCAGGACUGGUUCGAGGGCGGGUUCAUGGACUCUUCCGCCCCCUUUGGCAUGCCGGCAUGGAUGUGA